UUGUCUCACCGUGCCUGCUUCCAUUUUCCAACCGACCGAAACCUCGUGUCAUUAUAUUUUAAUUCAAAAGAAAUAUAUUCGUCAACUAAGGACUUUAUAGGGUUAAACGCUGCAAAAUGAAACCCUUGAUGUUACAUGGGCACGAGCGUGCCAUCACCAAGAUCAAGUAUAACAGAGAAGGUGAUUUGGUAUUCUCUGCCAGUAAGGAUAAGCAACCUAAUGUUUGGUAUUCUCUGAAUGGAGAGCGUCUUGGAACCUUCAAUGGCCAUAAUGGUUCUGUAUGGUGCAUCGACGUCAAUUGGGAUACUACACGGUUGUUAUCCGGAAGUGGUGAUAAUUCUUUAAGAGUUUGGGAUUGCCAGACUGGCAAGGAGAUAGGUCAGCUGCAUACAAAUAGUUCAGUACGAACCUGUGGCUUCAGUUACUCGGCGAAUCUUGCUGUAUUCUCCACUGAUAAAGCCUUGGGUCAUCAGUGCGAGAUGUUUAUUAUGGAUAUACGAAAUGUCGACCCUACGUUGUCGCAAGAUGAUGCAAUUUCUAGGAUUUCAGUUAAUGGCCCUAGGAUCUCAGCCAUAUUAUGGGGUGCCCUGGACGAGACGAUCGUUACAGGCCACGAAGAUGGAGAGAUCACUCUCUGGGAUGUGAGGACCGGAAAGAAAUUGUCAAGUGUCAAAGGUCACAAAUCGCAAAUAAAUGAUAUGCAAUUUAACAAAGAUGGCACCAUGUUUGUGACCGCGUCCAAGGAUCACACAGCAAAGCUUUUCGAUAGUGAAUCUUUAAUGUUGCUGAAGACGUAUAAAACGGAAAGGCCCGUGAAUUCGGCCACAAUAUCACCGAUUUUUGAUCAUGUGGUUCUUGGUGGUGGUCAAGACGCUAUGGACGUAACUACGACGUCCGCGCGACAGGGCAAAUUUGAUUCGCGAUUCUUCCACAUGGUAUUCGAGGAAGAGUUCGCACGUUUGAAGGGCCACUUUGGUCCCAUCAAUUCCCUCGCUUUUCACCCCAAUGGACGCAGUUAUUCAACGGGCGGAGAAGACGGAUAUAUACGCAUUAAUAAUUUUGAUCAGUCCUAUUUCGAUUUUCAUUUUGAGUAUUAAAUUUAUGAAAUAUAUACUUUGUGCGAGAUAACUGUAAUUAUUCACUCCUUCCUAGAAUUCAAUUGACAACGUUUUGUGUGAUCAAGACGUAAAUUAAUUAUUACAUUUCGAUCGAAUUUUUUGAACUUCUUUAAAUAUAGUAUUUCAGAUAAAAGUCCCACUUGUCAUUGAAGCGUGAUGAAAAUGGUGACAAAUAUCCUUGUGACAAUGUGAAUUUAUAACUGCAGAAUAUUAUAUUAUUAUUCGUAAAAUAUCUAUCUUACACGUUUGUCGAAGCUUUAGAAUUUUUUUUGACAACACUGAAAAUAAUAUAUAUAUAUUUACAAAACUAUCAUUUCUCUUAGUCGUGGCAGUUUUCUGUUCAUGCUUGAUUCUUUUUUUUACUUAGGAUCGUGCUUUUUUACUCAGGCCGAAUUCUGUUGCUACCAAACGGCGAUAGGUUUCAAAGUGUGUGACGCAUACUAUAGAAACCUUAGUUCAAUGUUGGUACACUUUAUUCUUGUAAUCAUAUAAUAUUGUACAAAUUAUUACAAUAAACUAUAUAUUUCUGUAAU